UGCAUCUCGACAUGCAUCAAGGGAUGAGCUGGGGAAGCUGAGGCAGGACUGCUGGAGCUUCUGCCAGGGAUCCCUGUGCGCAGCCGGUACCACUCGGCAUCCUCUCCCAACCACGGGUGACGCCGGCUCUGCCAUGGCCACCUGCCCCGAGCUGCAGCCUGGGCAAGAGGUACAGGGGCAGCCUUCCUCCCAGGCCAUGGGGUGCGUGGGGGCCCUGGCUACCCCAGAAGACCCCAAGGAGCAGUGGGGUGCCCAGGGGGAAGGUCCCUGUCCCCUGGAGUGCCAGGAGAUGGCUGCUGUCCCCGCGCCGCAAGCUAUAAAGCAUUUCCUGAAGGAGGACUCAGAGGAGGCUGAGCUGACCCAGCUCCUGCAGGAUUGCCCACCGGCCGACAGCCCCAGGAAGGUGGAGCCCCUGGAGAGCCGGCGGGAGCCUGGCCACCCCCUCUGUGGCGUGGGAAGGGUCACCCCUGACGAACCUGCCAACGAGAGGGACGCCAGGAUCUUCUCCCGGUCUCGGCCUUUGGAUUUCCAGCAGCACAUCGCUGCCCCCCCGUCCCCCAGCCCCAACCGCCCACGGAGCCCCUGGGGGCAGCUGGACCCCUACGACUCUUCCGAGGAUGACAAGGAGUACGUGGGCUUUGCCACACUGCCCAACCAGGUCCAUCGGAAGUCAGUGAAGAAGGUCACCCUCAUGGUGGCAGGGGAAUCCGGGCUGGGCAAGUCCACCCUGGUCAACAGCCUCUUCCUGACGGACAUGUACAGAGACCGCAAGCUGCUGAAUGCUGAAGAGCGCAUCACGCAGACGGUGGAGAUCACCAAGCACGUGGUGGACAUCGAGGAGAAGGGUGUCAAGCUGCGCCUGACCAUUGUGGACACACCGGGCUUUGGUGAUGCUGUCAACAACACAGAGUGCUGGAAGCCAGUGGCCGACUACAUCGACCAGCAGUUCGAGCAGUAUUUCCGUGACGAAAGUGGCCUCAACCGGAAGAACAUCCAGGACAACCGCGUCCACUGCUGCAUCUACUUCAUCUCUCCCUUUGGCCAUGGCCUCCGGCCCCUGGACGUGGAGUUCAUGAGAGCCCUGCACCAGCGGGUGAACAUCGUGCCGGUGCUGGCCAAGGCUGACACCCUGACCCCUGCCGAGGUGGAGCGCAUGAAGAGCAAAAUCCGGGAGGAGAUCGACCACUAUGGCAUCCGCAUCUACCAGUUCCCCGAGUGUGACUCGGAUGAGGAUGAGGAGUUCAAGCUUCAGGACCAGGCACUGAAGGAGAGCAUCCCCUUCGCCGUCAUCGGCAGCAACACGGUUGUAGAGGCCAAAGGCCGGCGUGUCCGUGGGCGCCUCUACCCCUGGGGCAUCGUGGAAGUGGAGAACCCAUCCCACUGUGACUUCGUGAAGCUGCGGACAAUGCUGGUGAGGACCCACAUGCAGGACCUCAAGGACGUGACGCGGGAAACCCACUAUGAGAACUACCGCACGCAGUGCAUCCAGAGCAUGACCCGCAUGGUGGUGAAGGAGAGGAACCGCAACAAGCUGACGCGAGAGAGCGGGACGGAUUUCCCCAUCCCUGUCAUCCCCCCGGUGCCAGACGCGGAGACAGAGAAGCUCAUCCGGGAGAAGGAUGAGGAGCUGCGGCGGAUGCAAGAGAUGCUCCAGAAGAUCCAGAAGCAGAUGAAGGACUCGCAGUAGCCCCUUUUUCCUCCUCCUCCUCACUGGCCCAGAUCAGAAGUGUUUACAUCACGCUCCAUCCUGCCCCAGCCCCACUGCGAGACUUGGUACCAACACCGCACCCGCCACCUUAAGCUGCUGCGGUAUCGCCUUAUCCAACCGGCCAGCGCCCAUCCCAUGGGCACAGCUAGGAGACAGGGCACCCAGCCUGGGGGUCCCCUGUCCCAGCUAGAUUGCUGCCCUGGCCCUGCCCCAGGCUGGGGACAGCUUUGUCCCCCGAGCUUUGGCUUUCCCUGUUUCCCCCGCAGCUCUGGGGAGAGCCACCGGCCAGCCUGCUCCCCAUGUCAUGUCCCUUGUCCCUGUGUCACCUUGGGCUGCCUGCUUACAGCCUUUACACUCAGCUUGGCCCUGGCUUAAGGGAAGAGGAAAGGGGGGGACUGGUCCCAGCCUCCCCAAAGCCCCAGCUGCCCUGCUGUGGGGGACAGGGUUGCUCCUCCCUGGCCUUGGCUGGCAUGGAGGGACAGCAGUGCCUAGGGACCGCAGGUGACCAAGGGGAUGGAGGGGCAGCCGCCAUCCUGGCCAGGGUGGCAGCCAGCACUCAGACCCUUGGCUGCCUCCAUGCCAGCACCGGUACAAGGAGGGACUGAAGGUGCCCAGCCCUGUGUCCUUGGCAGGGACCCUGUCCCCACCCAGCGUCAUCCCUUGGGAGCACCCCAUGUCCCCAGGCGGUGGGGAGGGCCAUGGCAUGGGGAGUAUUGGUGAAUCACAGUCCCCAGAGAAAGUCCCUUGAACCCCAAAUCAGAUGCUGGGUCCCCAGUCUGGCCCCCUGGAUAUUGGCUCUGUAAUGCAAUAAUGACUGUCUUGCACCUGCGGUGCUUCCUGACCCGUGGCAACAGCAUCGUCUCUUGCUGGUGUUUCUGCUCCUGGUGCCACUUGCUUGUCUGUGGUGUCCCUCUGUGUCCCCAAGAUGGCCCUGUCCCUGCUGCUUCCUGGCAGAGCAUCACUGUGUGUCCCCCAAGGAUGUCCCCAUCCAUGUUGCUUCCCAGCAAAGCACUGCUGUGUGUCCCCAUAUUCCCCCGUGAUGUCCCCAUUGGUGUUGCUGCCCUGCAGAGCACUGCAGAGCACUGCAGUGUCCCCCCACCCCGGCUGUCCCUUUCUGUGUUGCUUUCCCGCAGAGUACUGUGUUAUGUGCCUGUGUCCCCCCAGGAAGUCCCCAUCCCUGUUGCUGCCCUGCUGAGCACUGUGUUGUGUCCCCCCCAGGAUGUCCCCAUCUGCGUUGCUUCCUGGAAAAGCACCACUGUGUGUCCCCGGGCAAGCCCUGGCCUGCACAUCCCCAGGCAGCGGCCGCAGGGCAUCCCUGGGGAGAUGGACCCGAACCCCCCCCAGCUCCCUGCUCCCCUCUGGGUAUGGGGAAAGACAAAAGGGGAUGGCAAAGCUGCAGGGUGGAGGCAGAACUGGGAGCAGUGGGAUCACUGGGAGCUUGCUGGCAUGGGGACACAUCCCCUCCCCAGCAGGGCCACCCAAGCCGGGGUUCCCUGUGUGGGUUCACCCCUGGGCAAGGGCUUUGCAUCCAGGCAGCUUGGCUGAUGGGGGCUGCAUCCGGCCGAGGCUCAGGGUGGGUGCUGCAGGGUGCUGGGGCAGCGUCCGGCAUGUGCCACAGUGUCCCCAUGCCAGCCGGAGGGUCACUUGGCCCCCGUGGGCAGGGACCCCACAGGCAGGACCUCGCAGGGUGUAUUAGCGCUUUCCUUUUUUUAAUCUUGCUAUUUUCUUACAGAAGUACCUACCUUCGCAUGAUGGUCAUAGAGGCAUUUAUUAAAGGAUAAGCAGAGUAUAGGUUUAUAAAUUCUUAUAGAGCUAGUGGAAAUAUUUUUAUCCCUCCACAACUGUUCUCAAUAAAUACGGCUGACCCAGCUUGUCUGCAA